AUGCCUCAACCAUCUUGGGAUGAAUUCAAAUGUCAAUGUUACUUGUGCUUUGGGCCACCAAUUAGAAGUCAGAAAUUGGGAGAAUUGGCUAAGUUAUGCCAGAUUAGGUCUGUGGCAGAUUACCAACAAAAGUUUGAGCAGUUAAUUUUGCGGGCUAGUAUACUCACUCAGUCGCAAAAAAUUGAACUUUAUAUAAGCGGUCUUACUGAUUAUAUAGCUAUUGAGGUUGAGCUGCAUAAUCCUCCAGAUUUGGCUACGACGAUGAGUUUAUCCCGGCUUUAUGAACGCAAGGAACAACCCGUUUGUACACAAUUGUUAGAUGCUUGCAAGUCCAAGGCAACAGAUUUCUCACCUCAACAACAUGCCAGAUUUGUGAAGAAACUGACUAGAUCUGAAAUGGAGGAAAUUAGGGGAAAUUUAUGUAACAACAGCAUGGAUGAAUUCCGUUUGCAUUACCCGAAUGUGUUCUCUCACUCAACCCUUGCAACAAAUGAAGACCCCAAGGCUUUCAAGAAUUAUCAAAAUCGUCUUGCUACUGUAGACUAUAUGGUACCCCUUGAAAGUUAUGUUUUUGCUGCGCAAGGUCAUAGAAGAUUUGAAGGAUUUCGAGAGACCAAUAGCCCUGACAGGUUCAAUUUUGUCAGAUUGAUCGACUCACUGGAUAAGGGUGAAAACUCUUCGGAAGAGUUUGAUUCAAAAGUUAAGGCCUUAAAAUCCAACAGAUUAGGAGCACCUUGCGUCAGACAACCCGGAGAAUCACCAAGAUUAAACAACUUUCACGCAAAAUCCUUGACCAGGUUGGGUUGUUUAUGUAAUAGAUCAUGGGAAGAAAGCCAGUAA